AAGAUUGGAAUAGGAGUGGUUCGGGUUAUCAAUUAUCAUUAAUUCACAUGUAUGGUAAAAAACAGGGCUUAUAUAUUUCAUCUAUAGAGGAUAAUAUAUGUGAGGUUAAGGUCUAUCAAGAUUCGGAGUUAAAAAAAGCAGUGGAGGGGGCAUCUCCAAAUGAUAUUUGGGAGCAUUUUAAUAUUAAUAAAUAUAGUGGUAUACAACUUUUUGGUCUUGACUAUGUUGUCACUCAACAAUUAAUAAAACAGCAUCGAAUUCCUACUUGUAAACCAAAUCAAUGGAGAGAUUUUUCUCUUAUUAAAGCUCUUUAUAAUUAUCAU